AAAAAUGCAUUCCUUAAUGGGGAUUUACAUGAAGAAGUUUAUAUGCAACCUCCUCCUGGUCUCUCUGUUGACUCAAACAAGGUUUGUUACCUUCGACGUGCACUUUAUGGCCUUAAACAAGCUCCACGAGCUUGGUUUGCCAAAUUCAGCUCUACCAUCUCUCAUUUGGGUUACAUGGCCAGUCAUUAUGAUUCUGCCUUAUUUCUUCGUCGCACUGACAAAGGCACUAUUUUACUUCUCCUGUAUGUGGAUGAUAUGAUCAUAACUGGUGAUGACCUCAGUGGCAUUCAAGAACUCAAGGAUUUUCUCAGUCAGCAAUUUGAGAUGAAAGAUCUUGGACAUCUCAGCUACUUCUUGGGUCUUGAAAUCACUCAUUCUACUGAUGGACUUUAUCUUACUCAAGCUAAGUAUGCUUCUGAACUCUUGUCUCGAGCUGGACUCACUGAUAGCAAGACUGUUGACACUCCAGUUGAGCUUAAUGCGCAUCUGACUCCCUCAGGGGGGAAACCAUUGUCUAAUCCCUCUCUUUACAGACGAUUGGUUGGCAGCCUAGUUUAUCUCACAGUUACUCGUCCAGACAUCUCCUAUGCUGUUCAUCAGGUGAGCCAGUAUCUGUCUGCUCCACGAUCAACUCACUAUGCUGCUGUUCUGCGCAUUCUUCGAUACUUGAAGGGCACCCUCUUUCAUGGCCUUUUCUACUCAGCUCAGUCUCCUCUUGUACUCCGUGCAUUCUCUGAUGCUGAUUGGGCAGGAGAUCCUACUGAUCGCAGGUCUACUACAGGUUACUGUUUUCUCCUUGGUUCUUCUUUGAUUUCUUGGCGAAGCAAGAAACAAACUUUUGUGGCCCGCUCCAGUACUGAAGCAGAAUAUCGUGCUCUUGCUGAUACCACAUCUGAGCUCCUUUGGCUACGAUGGCUCCUUAAGGAUUUGGGUGUGUCCACCUCCUCUGCUACUCCCCUUUAUUGUGACAACCAGAGUGCCAUUCAUAUUGCUCAUAAUGAUGUCUUUCAUGAACGGACUAAACACAUC